GCUGCGCCGCCGCCGGCGGCCUCCACGAUGGUGUCAUGCAGUGUGUCAGCCACGCGCGCACAUCGCUAAACCGAGCGACUGUGGUCACUGUCUUGGAAAUAUGCUUCAGCUUUGGUUUCUCCUUCCUUUCGCAGCCCUUCCCCGACCUGACCCCCGCGUCGCUCCCUUCGGGCGACUCGGGGGAGACAACGCCGCAGCCGUGGGUCCCCCACCUGUCGGUGCCCUCCUCUCCGCCGCUGCCGCUGGCUUGGCCGCGGUGGCGGCGGCCCCGUCUCCGAAGGUGGCGUGGGGAGACCCGCGGUGGACGCUGGGAAGCUCGAUGGGCGCGGGACGAGAUGCGUCGUUCGCGGCGGCGGGGGAGCGCGGGCAGCGGCCCAGCUGGAUGCGUGGCCGACGGCGGCCGAUGUGGAUGGGCCAGAUCCGUGCGUCUUCAGGUCCCGUGGUGGAUGGUGCAGGAGCGGUGGCUGCUCUGCGGGUGGCUGCGUCCCGUCGGCGAAUCUGGCCGGCGCGCCUGGAUCCGUGCGCGUGGCCUGCCAUAGGCACCGCCACGGGGCUGGUGGCUGCUGGGUCUUGCUGCGCGUAGCCGGAGCUGGCCUUGGUUCUCGCCGUCCAGGCGAGUCGGGGAUCCAGACGCGACGCCUCCAUUCUGGCGCCUCGAGGCGCGGUGGUGGCUGCUGCUCAGCAGCGAGGUGGCGGCUCACUGCUGGGAGCUUAGGAUGUGUGUAGCAGACAGAGGGUUGGGCGUGGAAGGACUGCUUCUUGCCUUGUGUGCAUCGGAUCUGGUCUCCGGCAAGCAUGUUGUAGCGCGCGUGGUGCGUGUCAGCGCGACUGAUGUAUGGCUGCAGCUCAAAACCAUGGUGGUUCUUGGCCUCGAGCAAUGUUCCGCUGCUCUUUGUCGGCAUGGUGCUGAAGGAAAUAUGCCCUAAAGGCAAUAAUAAAGUUAUUAUUUAUUUCCUCAUAUCAUGAUAAAUGUUUAUUAUUCAUGCUAGAAUUGUAUUGACCGGAAACAUGAUACAUGUGUGAAUACAUAGACCAACAUAA